AUGAUGAUGAUGGAUAUGGGUAUGUAUGGUAGCUAUGGUAAACCAGACUCAUACUACAGUUUACAUACGAGUCAUCAGAUACCGCAACCGGGAGUGCAGUCGUCAGAAUUGGCGAAUCCGUACUAUCCGCAAGCCUCAAUAUCUCCAUAUGUCAAUACCCCGGACAUUUAUAUAACGCCUGAGUCAGGCUCGAGUGGUUCAGGCGUGUCAGGCACUCCACCCCAAGGUUAUUACUCGACCUCAGCUGGUCCCGGCCUGCACGACGACGGAACCGCGAUCAUCUCAUCAGAGAAUGGCCUCAGUUAUACAAAUUUGGAUUAUGCGAAUUAUUCGUCAAGUUGUUCGAACGCUGACCAGCAUCACCAGGGAUACCACCACAUCCAGCACUUGCCAGCCCAACAGCUCCAUUCUAGUCACCACACUGAGGAUUAUCAAAUCAGCCAUCACUCGGUCCAGUCAACGACCGGUAAUUAUCACCAUCAGGUGCCCCAGGAUGACAUUAGAUACAGUCAAUCGCACGGUAUUAGACAAGAGUACCAGACGAUUAAUUAUAAGGAGGAGAGCGCUGACAGCGCUGGUUAUCACAGUUGUUUGCAGCAGACUGCUGUGCACGGUGUACCUAGUCAUCAUCAUCAGGGGCAUCAGACUAUGCCUCAUGUUCAGGGCCAUCAACAACCGGCGCAAGUGCCUACGUACAAGUGGAUGCAGGUCAAGAGGAAUGUUCCUAAACCGCCUGUGCCCAAGCCCCCACCGAACAACGGAGAUUACAAUACUGUGCAAAUGACAUCAGUGCCAUCGAACUACGCAUCGCCAUCGGGCUCCGUAAACUGCCUGACCGUUGGGAACUUGCCCGGAAUGUCCGCCGGCUUCAAUAACACAGGCCGAACAAAUUUUACAAACAAACAACUGACGGAACUGGAGAAAGAGUUUCACUUCAACAAGUACCUGACUAGGGCGAGACGAAUCGAAAUAGCGUCCACCUUACAGCUCAAUGAAACCCAGGUGAAGAUAUGGUUCCAAAAUCGUAGGAUGAAACAAAAGAAGCGGAUGAAGGAGGGAUUGAUACCAAGUGAUAGUGCAGUGGCGUCCGGUAUUUGCGGCGCGCGGAGCACUAGUAACUCGCCGACAGGUUUAAAUCUAGAUGUUGGGGCAUCAUUUCUUCCUAGUUUUCCCAAUGAAAAUAGCAGGGAGUCGAUGAAUUCGUCGAAGGAUUGA